GUUGGCAUUGGGCACAGCCUAGAAGGAGGUUCCUUUGGCAGGUGCGUGGUGCCUGAGGUAGUGUCCCACAGUGGGGACAGUGCUCAGCCUUGCAGAGCUGCCCCUGGUCCAUAUCAUGCUGAUUUUCUUCUGCUAGAGAACCACUCUUGGGGGCUUCUGGAAGACUAAGGACAUUCAAGGACUAAGCUCCACAGUGCUGAAGCCCCGAUGGCCUCUCUGAGCCGAGCCCUGCGUGUAGCUGCCACCUGGCCUCGAGGGAGAUCUGCCGGGAGCUUGGGGCUGCGGCCCUUAGCCAGAGAGGCUGGUCCUACAGCUGAGAAGAGGGUUCCAUACCAGCGGACCCUGAAGGAGGGGGCCCAGAGUCCCUCAGCAGUACCCCAAGGACCAAGCCAGCCCCUACCUAGCACAGCCAAUGUGGUGGUCAUUGGUGGGGGCAGCUUGGGCUGCCAGACCCUGUACCACCUGGCCAAGCUGGGCGUGAGCGGAGCCGUGCUGCUGGAGCGAGAACGGCUAACUUCUGGAACGACCUGGCACACGGCAGGCUUGCUGUGGCAGCUGAGGCCCAGUGACGUGGAGGUGGAGCUUCUGGCCCACACACGACGCGUGGUAAGUCGAGAGCUGGAGGAGGAGACCGGGCUGCACACCGGCUGGAUCCAGAAUGGUGGCCUCUUCAUCGCAUCCAAUAAGCAGCGCCUGGAUGAGUAUAAGAGGCUCAUGUCGUUGGGCAAGGCCUAUGGUGUAGAGUCUCACGUGCUGAGUCCAACAGAGACCAAGGCUCUGUACCCGCUGAUGAAUGUGGAUGACCUCUACGGGACCUUGUACGUGCCACAGGAUGGCACCAUGGACCCUGCUGGCACCUGUACCACCCUCACCAGGGCGGCAACUGCCCGAGGAGCUCAGGUCAUUGAGAACUGCCCAGUGACUGGCAUCCGUGUACAGACGGAUGACUUCGGCGUGCGUCGCGUGGCGGCCGUGGAAACAGAGCAUGGCUCCAUCCAGACGCCCUGCGUGGUCAACUGUGCAGGAGUCUGGGCGAGUGCCGUGGGCCAGAUGGCUGGGGUGAAGGUCCCGCUGGUAGCCAUGCACCACGCUUAUGUUGUCACUGAGCGCAUUGAGGGGAUUCAGAAGAUGCCCAAUGUCCGAGAUCACGACGCCUCUGUCUACCUCCGCCUGCAGGGGGAUGCCUUGUCUGUGGGUGGCUACGAGGCUAGCCCCAUCUUUUGGGAGGAGGUGUCGGACAAAUUUGCCUUCGGCCUCUUUGACCUAAACUGGGACGUCUUCACCCAGCACAUUGAAGGUGCCAUCAACCGUGUCCCUGUGCUGGAGAAGACAGGAAUCAAGUCCACGGUGUGUGGCCCGGAAUCCUUCACACCUGACCACAAGCCCCUGAUGGGGGAGGCGCCUGAGCUCCGCGGCUUCUUCCUCGGCUGUGGUUUCAAUAGUGCAGGCAUGAUGCUGGGUGGUGGCUGUGGGCAGGAGCUGGCCCAUUGGAUUGUGCACGGACGCCCAUCAAAGGACAUGUACAGCUACGACAUCAGGCGCUUCCAUCACUCACUCACGGAUCAGCCCCGCUGGAUCCGUGAGCGCAGUCAUGAGUCCUAUGCGAAGAACUACUCGGUGGUCUUCCCCCACGAUGAGCCCCUGGCAGGCCGCAACAUGAGGAGGGACCCCCUGCAUGAGGAGCUGCUUGGACAAGGCUGUGUGUUCCAGGAGCGACAGGGCUGGGAACGGCCAGGAUGGUUCAACCCCCAAGGGACAGCUCCGGUCCUUGACUAUGACUACUACGGGGCCUACGGAAACCAGGCGCACAGGGACUACGCCUAUAGCAGGCUGCUGGCGGACGAGUAUACCUUCGACUUCCCGCCUCACCACCACGUGAUCCAGAAGGAGUGUCUGGCCUGCAGAGGGGCUGCUGCGGUGUUCAACAUGUCAUACUUUGGCAAGUUCUACCUGCUGGGGGUGGACGCCCAGAAAGCUGCAGACUGGCUUUUCUCAGCAGACGUCAGCCGACCUCCAGGCUCAACGGUGUACACAUGCAUGUUGAACCACCGGGGAGGCACCGAGAGUGACCUGACCGUCAGCCGCCUGGCCCCUGGAACCCAGGCCAGUCCCCUGACUCCUGCCUUUGAAGGGGAUGGCUACUACCUGGCUGUGGGUGGGGCUGUGGCCCAGCACAACUGGUCCCACAUUACCACGGUGCUACAGGACCAGAAGUUCCAGUGCCAACUUAUUGACAGUUCCGAGGAUCUGGGCAUGCUCAGUAUCCAGGGCCCAGCCAGCCGCACCAUUCUCCAGGAUGUGCUUGAUGCUGACCUGAGCAAUGAGGCCUUCCCCUUUUCCACCCACCAGCUGGUGAGAGCAGCCGGGCACCUGGUUCGGGCCAUACGGCUCUCCUUUGUUGGGGAGCUGGGCUGGGAGCUGCACAUCCCCCGAGCAUCCUGCGUGCCUGUGUACCGGGCUGUGAUGGCUGCUGGGGCCAAGCACGGCCUUGUCAAUGCAGGGUAUCGCGCCAUUGACUCCCUGAGCAUCGAGAAAGGCUACCGGCACUGGCAUGCGGACCUGAGGCCUGAUGACAGCCCUCUGGAGGCAGGCUUGGCCUUCACCUGCAAGCUCAGGUCUUCGGUGCCCUUCCUGGGCCGUGAGGCCCUAGAGAAGCAGCAGGCCGUAGGCCUCCCCCGACGCCUGGUAUGCCUCACCGUGGAGGAGCUUCAGAAGGGAAAGACACUGCCAGGCCAGGCAGUCUCUCUGUGGUGGGUAGAGCCAAGCUCCGUGAUUUGGAAGGAUGAACCCAACUUUGAAGCUGGUGCCCGUCACUCUGUUGCCACCUCUCGACCUGCUCCAAUUAAAUCCUGAUCAGGCUCUCGUAUACUUUGCAGAGGGGUCUCACUGGUGGAGCUGGACCUCUGGGGUCCCCUGACCCUCCGUGAAGCACCUGGGCCUGCUGUGUGACUCCAGAGCAGCGGAGGGACCCCUGUCCUGCUCAGGGGUGCCCUGCCUGGUGCCACUGCUCUUGCCCUUAGAGCAUAAAGUGGCAUGUCCCCUGCUGUUUGGAGGGACCCUGGGGGAGUCGGGAACCCCUGUGAGGCCACUUCUUCCCAAGGAGGAUGACUGGAGUUGGUGGGGUAGGGAGUUCACUUAACCUUCAUCCCAGCCCUCAUCCUCUGGCUGGUGGGACCCACACGGUGUGGCUCUGAGUUGCAGACCCAGGGAGCAUCGGAACCUGCCAUGGUCCUUGUUAUUCUAAGAAGACUUCAUUACCCCAGUGCGGUGAUGCCAGCCCAGGGACGCUGUCUGCAGGUGGUACCAAAUGCUCCUGUCACUUGGCACUGGCAUCUCUUGUCUACUAUUUUCAAUUUUCAAAAACUUGAUGUCAAGUAGUGAUAUCGUACGUACCUGGACUGAAGACCUUUAUGUGAACCAUGCAUCAUGCAGUGAAAAGCAGAGGACUCUAACCCUCCCAAAUAAGCUUCAUGGGGUGACAUUGAGGUCAUUCAAAAGCUAAAUGGAGCAGAAUUGACAUAAUCCCUAUCAAAAAUCCCAACGUUUGUCACAGAACUAGAAAUACAACCCCAAACUCAUAGUGGAAAGAGAAAACCCCUGAAUGACCAAAGCAAAACAGGGCAAGGCCUGAGGAGCCGCCACACCUGAGCUCCAGUUCCGCUACAGAGCCGUGCGGCAAGCCCAGCAUGGCACUAGCACAAGGACGGACCGACGCGACAGAACAGAAUAAACCCCACACCUGCUACAGCCCUGGGUUCUCAGCAAAGGUGGUGGUGAAAAGCUGCCAGACAGAAGGCAGCCACUUCAAGAAACAGAAACACAUACCUGCGUCUCACCCUGCCCCAAAGUAAACCCAAAAUGGACAAGAGACAUCCACACAAAACCUGAAACUCUAAAGCUGCCAGACGGAAACAGAGAGAACACUAAAAUGCAAAUGCAGGCGAGACCUCUCUAAAGGAGACCACAGGGAAUAAUCCCAAGAACUGACAAGUGGGAUUGCAUGAAACCAAAAACGUCUGAGGCGUGGUGGCGCACGCCUUUAGUCCCAGCACUUGGGAGGCAGUGGCAGGUGGAUCUCUAUGAGUUCAAGGCUGCAAAUGCUGGUAUAGAUACAGGAGAGGGAUGGGAUGUGAAUGACUCCAGCCCCUUGGAAAUCGGUGUGGAGGCUGCUGGAGAAACCAGUUGGAGCCAGUGUAUCACCAGCUCUGCCACUGCAGGGUCCGCACCCAAAGGACUCAAGUCAGCCUGUCACAGAGAUAAUUGCACAUCCCUGUUUACCUCAGCACUCUCUGCAUAGCCAAUGUGUGGAACCAGCCCAGAUGCCCAUCAGUAGAUGAAUUUUCAAGAAAGUAUGGUGCAUAUACACAAUAGAAUAUUAUUCGUCUAUGAAUAAGAAUGGAAUAUA